AAUUUACCCUCAACUGGGAACCUCUUGUGGCCACGAUGGGUAAUUCGAUGGAAGUGUCACAAGGUUCUUUGCAGGAUCGACUCCAAGAGGUGUUCUCAGGACUGACACACAUUGUGCCCUUGGAGAAAUAUCUAAGUCACGAGAAAAAGUGUGCACGCAAGGAGUUUCGAACCAGUAGUCUAGACUAUCCAGCUGACGCCAUGUAUGUGCGAAGGUGUACCGAUUCAGGAUGCUCUGUUCCAAAAAGGCGGUUGAACUUACAGCAAUUCUACCUACAUACGAGCAUAGAGCAGCAGCAUGCUUCUCUGUAGCGGUCGGAUGAUUCAAGUGCUCGUCCUCGCUCUGAGCGCGGUCGUGAGCGUCUGGGGUUCUCCGUUGUCCCAGGAGAGGUUCCAGGUUACGACAUUCGGUGCGGAACGGCGAGCUCGGUGGUCGCUGGAGGGCAAGACAGCCAUCGUCACCGGGGGCACCAAGGGUAUCGGCAAGGCUAUCGUGGAGGAGCUGGCGUGCCUCGGGGCUAAGGUCAUCACAUGCUCCAGAAACCCCGCGGAUGUGGCGGCCUGCCUCGAGGAAUGGAAAAGCAAGGGCCUGCUCGUGGAAGGCACAGCAGCGGACGUUACAACAGCUGAGGGGCGGGAGUCGUUGGUCGAACUGGCAGAAGAACACUUCGGGGGACUGCUGGACAUCCUGGUGAACAACGUCGGCACCAACAUUCGCAAGGCGACAGUCGACUAUACCCCGGAAGAGUCAGCCUACGUCAUGGACACAAACUUCACUUCUGUGUUCCUGCUCACCAAGUUGCUGCACCCCCUGCUCAAGGCUGCGGCAGCGGUGAAGGGGUCAAGGGAGAACGGGGGGUCGUCCGUCAUUAACAUCUCUAGCGUCGCUGGGAUCACGCCGAUAAAGUCAGGAUCCCCGUACGCCGCAAGCAAGGCCGCCAUGAAUCAGGUGACUAGAAUAUGGGGCUGUGAGUGGGCUCCGGACGGGAUCCGAGUUAACGCCGUCGCUCCGUGGUACACAAAAACACCGCUUACGGAACCGGUACAGGCGGACCCCGUGAGGGUGAACGAGAUUACUCAACGAACCCCUAUGAAGCGAUGGGCGGACGCGGACGAAGUGAGCGGCAUGGUAGCGUUCCUCUGCAUGAAAGGCGCCGGCUACAUCACGUCGCAGGUCAUUGCAACGGACGGAGGCUUCACAGCAAAUGGAUGGAUGACCUAACGAAGUAUUCGUGCUGAGGGUGGGCAAGGAAUCGCGUCCCACUCCUUGUCCUGGCAGCUCAAAUAGCGAGUCUUGAAGGCAUUUGUCGUGAAUCAAAGGAGUGCGGUGAUGCGUCUCGAGCAGGAUGUGUCAUUCAAGGGGAAACACCAAUCGGCUCGAAAGCUUGCGAUAUUGUCGCGCCGUCGUCUCCCCCCCAUCGUCAAACAACCCCCGGUCAACGGCUCGCAACUCUUCACUCGUGGUCCGGUGACACCCGGGACAUGUGAGACGUUUGCCUUUCGCAUAGACUUUCGGUUGGGGACAUGGACGUUUGCCUUCCGCGUAAGCACCCAGCAAAAACAAACGUCAAGCAAGGUCGCUGCAUGGACGUUCGAAAGCCAAGCCCCGCUUAACCAAUGACCGUGUUGCUCUGAGGUUCGGCCCGAACUGAACUAAUCCAUACAAAAGCAAACACGUGCUGCGAUCGAUGCCGUUCGAUGACCUCCAGGAAAGAUGUCUCACUCACGGUACGCCCAUCGUUCAGGGUCAGAUGUCUCACGCAUGGUACACCCCUCGUUCAGAUGCCCUCGUUCAGAUGUCUCACGCAUGGUUUUUGGCGCUCAUUCGAUACCGAAUGAACGAGGAGACUGCUCUACGGCAGUAGUUGUAUGACACAGGUCAUGAAUACGAUUACAUCCCCCUCUCCUCAUCGCUGCUGUGGUAUAGAACACGCGCUACACUUUACGACGGCGGGACCCGCACAUAUUAAGCGAGUCUCAUGAAUUCUAUGCAUACAUACAGAUGCAUACGUGAUGAUAGAUUGUUCUGGAUCCUACGUCAUGUGUCGGUGUUUGUCCUCAUGUUUCCUAUCGUUCACGAGCAAAAUAUUGUCGUUUUUGACAUUUUGAUGACGUUUGUUGUCAAAGGUCUCGGCUUGAGUGUGGGUGAACCCAUCGUCCGAGCCGUCAUAUCGGGAGAGUGUAUCCCUGUCGGUUCGCGGUAGCUUUCAGCAUUAUCUGCCUUUCUUUUCAGUUACCCGGUUUUACCCUCAGGGUUGUCAGUCUUCAUCGAAGCCAACGAGAGUUACCCUGCCCCCUUAGAGUAACCACUCACCAAGGGAGGAGUUGAAUAGUUUAUGUCGGGGAGUUUCGGAACACGGCUCGACACUUUUCGAUUUAGGUGGAAUUCUUCGAUUUAGAUGGACGGGUCCAGCUCUGGGAACGUUCCCCAAAACGGAGGAACAUCGAGCUCCUAAAUCUGGAAACGGGCUUUCAGAUUUAGAAAAAUAGUGGUCCGGCGCCGCUUUUUCUAAAUCGAUAUCGCUUUCAGGAGACGAUGUAGAUUUCAGAUUUAGGAGGAGCAAAGAGACCCACCACCACACACAGCAGCAGUGUAUAGUAGUAGUGGUGGGAAAGCCUGGAACUCCAGGCACCACGGAAGGUGCUGUUGUGGACUCGAUCGCUGCCAACGAAGGUCAGACCUACUACACCUAUCUGGGGGUUGAUUGAUCUGCGCGCGAGUGCGUGCGUGCUGUGUUCAUCUGUCUGUUUUGUUGUUGCUGCUGCUGGGUUGUUGUUGGGCGAGAGAAGAAGCAACAGGGAGCAACAUAUUGGUGAAAUUGAGAGCGAAGCAUCUGAUUGAGAGCGAGAUUGCGCGAUGCGCUGCAGCUGGACUACUGCUGAGAGGUGGAGCUUGCUGUGUAGCUUGAAUUGAAGGGCUACCCCGUAGCUACAAGCAGAUACCCUGGUCAUCCUGUGGGAGUCUCUCGAUGUGGAGCUACAGCGGCGAGCAGAAGCUACAGCAGAGCCCACCGCCCGAGGCCAUACAACCCUGCAACAGUUUGAGGCAAGAAUAGCCAAUCUGGCGAAAUCUAGCAACUUGUCUAGCUCCUAGCUGCAGCAUCCGAUGACGAUGACACGCAUAUGGUCAUGACGCUGCUGAUGAGACCUUCAAUUUGCGCCGCUUCUUGGAAGCGCCCGCCCCCUACUUCCCAAUAAAAGGCAAGAGGCGUCUGGACCCGAAUUUUAUUUUUUUUGGCUCUCGCUCUCGAUUUCAUGCUUCGCUCUCGAUUUCACCAAUAUGUUGUUCAGGGGGAAACGAGGAAGAUCAGACUUGUCGUUACAGUAUAAAGACUUGGCUCGGCGAUGUGCUUAACUACAUACAAACGGGGUGUAGUGUGUGUGUGCGUCUACUCUCUUCUUGUUUGCUGCUGAGGAUGCUCCCUUUCUCUCCCUUCUUGUGGAAAGGCUGUCUCUCGUUCGCACACCGUAACAAAAACGAGAAGUGAGGCUCCUUGAACACCCUCCUCCUCACAGAUGGUACUGACUGGUGGUUCAGCCCCUCAACUACCUGCAUGCGUGGUCUGUGUCAUCCUCAUCAACCUGCACACCGCCGCGCCUGCCGAUGAUGUUGUUGUUGUUGUUUCUCACACUAGCUCUAAAAAAAAAAUUGGGAGCCCGUGGUCUCAAAACCCGGCAUACACGACCGAUGUGUGAUGUGAUGUUUCCAUGCAGCACAGCAGCUGAUGUCCUUUUUUUUUUCUGCAGCCUUUCCGCGCCGGCGCGUUUUCUUGCCACAUUCAACUCCGUGGGCUCCACAAAAUAAAAUUCCGAGAACGUUCGUUGCACCAAAAUCGAGUAGUUGCUGCUUAAAAAUAACUUUUGUUCCGAAACUCUCUAUAUAUGUCAUAUCUCGGCGAGUGCAGAGGUACAAGCUCGCAUUGCGCGGGCGUCAAGACGCCGAAAACAGGCGAACAAGAUCGACCUCGGACCAGUCAACGCCAAUGAUAUGGGGAUGGAGUGUAGACGCAUCGUAGAACGCGUUUUCGUUUGAAGUUGGCGUCUUGUUUGAGAGUAGAUGUGACAGAUUUGCGUAGAAUAGGGUAAGAUGUUAUCAUGAACGGAGAUGAAAGGGCUUUUCCAACACGGAGAUGUAGCAUGGAUCAAAGCAUUUGUUGGAUUUCAGCUUUUACAAGCGGACAUCAACGCAGUAGUAUUUUAGCAAGCUUACGAACGCAUAUAGGAUACCAUGAGGAUU